UAUGUAUUUGUACAAACAUAUAUGUAUACUUUGCAGCUAUUUUUAAAUAAUUUAAUUUACAAUUUAAUUUUAAUGUAUACAUACAAAUAUGUAACAUUAAUAUACACGUACGAGAUCUCAACAUAAAAGCAAUUUCAUUAUUUAUAAAAUUGUCUAUGUUGAAAAAAGCAAGUUCUGUGCAAAAAAUUUAUAAUUAUUUAUAUGAUUGAUAUGUAUUCUUAAAUUUAAAGCUUGAAAAACCAAUUACUUGCUUACCUUCUCUUUUUCGAACAAAUUAUUAUUCUCUGGAAAACAAAUUAAAAUAGAAAAAUAACUCGUUUGUUUCACUUUAGUCUUUAACUCUAAAAUAUUGAUAUUUUUUAAUAUUAAUACUACUCACUAGAUUAACAUUGACUUAUAUAAUUAAAAUUUUGUUCUUAUAAUUUUUUUCGCGUUUUUUUCAAUAGAUUGUCAUAGUAAUUAAACUAACACUAUUUCAAUAUGAAAGAUCAAUGUAAAAUCUUAUUAAAUGUUAUUUUAAGUUAUCAAAAUUUUAAUAACAAAAAUUUCACUAAAUUUGAAUUAUCAUUUGGCUGAAAGUUGAAUUUAAAUAUCGUAAUCUGCUUCAGGCAGUGCGCGACCGUGAACCGGAACUGCUGUGAUUUUCCCUCCCUCUAGAACUGCAUUUCCGAACCAAUCCGACGGCCCGCGGCAAAGCGAAAAGAAAAAAAAAACAAAAGAGUAACAAAAAUUUUUCGCGCCGUCGUAUCGAUGCUUGUACGCGCGCAUAUAUCGCCGCGGCCCAUUUAAUCGCGAUGGCACACGCCCAUUUCGCGCUUAUGCAAUCGUAAACAUUGCGUAUUCCGUGACGCGGGAACAGCACACGCGGACACUGUGUGCGUUUUGAAUCUCUCGGCUAGUUACGUUCACCCACGGCGUACGAUCGUUCGCAUCUCUCUGACGAGGAUUAUCGGUGCGAGCUUGACACUCGACAGUGGCUGACAGCUGCGCGAUCGGCCCUUGGUCGUCCUCGAAUUCGUCCCUUCCAUCACUCUCUCUUGCGCGCGCGGAAGGCAAUUCGGAGCGCGAGCGCUCGACAGUUGCAGGAAGAACAAGAAGUCAUUCAAUGGUUAACCAAAUACCUGUGCCACAGGCCAAGUAUGAAUUGUUAACCAACAUACGACAACCGCGCUGGAGAACGCAAGUCGUCUGCCUCACCUUGUCAUUCGUGAUCGUCGGGGUGCUGUUUAUUACGCGUGCUUGGUUCGGCAUACUUCUGCUGAAGGCGCCGAGAACAGAGAGAUUCGUCGAGGAGCACAUUGACGAUGCCAAGAUUGCUACGUGGCUACGUCGGGCUCGGAUGUACGCCGAGUCGACGAAGGAGAAUCAGAAUGCGGACAGGAACACAAGCGUCAGCGCAUCGGAACAAUUCCACCACGGUGCAACCGGCCAGGUCCUCGUAUGCUACUAUACAAUACCGGGGGACCUGAACACGUCGUGGGAGCUCAGUCCGUCGCACAUUGACCCUCAUCUUUGCACGCAUAUUAUCGUGGGUUUUGCGGGCGUGGUGAACAACACGCUCGAUAUAGGUGACAAUGCGCGGGUGUAUGAGCUGGUGGUUGCUUUAAAGAAUCUCGAACCCAACUUGAAGGUCAUGAUCAGUGCCGGCGGAAACAGUGAGCUCCACGAUGGUUUCUCCGAGAUGGUGAAGAAUCACGCAAAUAGAAAAAAGUUUAUCCAAUCAGUAUUAAAUGUUAUCAAAACCUUCCAUUUAGACGGCUUCGAUGUUGACUGGGAGUUUCCAGCCUGGUUAGGAGCGGACGAUCGCGAAAAAAUACACUUUGUGCAGCUAUUACAGGAAUUGCGAAAAGAAUUUGAUCAUAGCGGACAAAAGUUGAUUUUAACAGUAGCGGUUGCAGCACCACAGGCCAUUGUGGAUCAGAGUUACAAUAUUCCUGAAAUGGCAGAGCACAUCGACUUCGUAAACCUUAUGUCGUACGAUUAUCAUUUUUACGUUUGGUAUUUCCCAGUAACAGAUCUGAACGCCCCGCUUUUUCCUCGUUGUACUGAAACAGGUUAUUUAUCCACGUUAAACGUGAAUUUUUCUGCUCAAUAUUGGGUAGCAAAGGGAAUGCCGCGGGAGAAGAUUGUUGUCGGCAUACCAGCUUAUGGUCACACUUAUAAACUGGACAAUCCAUUGAAUCAUAAUUUACAAGCGCCAGCCAGCGGAUUUGGAAAGCUCGGCGUCAAAGGCUUCGUGUCUUAUCCUACGGUUUGUCAAUUUCUUAAAUCUGGAGGUACGAGUGUUUUCAACAAGGAAAGUCGCGUGCCAUAUGCAUUUAAAGGCAGGGAAUGGAUAUCUUACGACAAUGAGGAGAGCAUCUAUUACAAGAGUAUAUGGAUUCGUACCAAUGGUUUCAAAGGAGCCAUGGUUCUGUCUUUAAAUGUUGACGAUUGGAACGGCACCUGCCACAAUAUAAACGAAACAUUCCCUUUGACGCGUACUGUCUCGAAAGUAUUAUUUAAGGAAACGGAUAAGUAACAAGGACGUAAAUAGGAAUUUUACAUUAUAUUACACUAUAUAACAAAUACGCGCAGUCAAUGAAUCUAAAUAUUCCAAAAGGUUAAGACAUCUUAUAUUGAAAUGAUCCAUUCCAUCGCAUUCCUAUUUAAUUACUUGUUACGUGUAUUCUAGCUCAGUUACGCUCAAAGAUUCUUUGGUCAAAUAAGUCGUUAAAGUAUUCGAAGCACAUAGUAUUAUAUGCUGUAAUAGAGCACAGCAUUUGUACCUGGUUGAGUCAAAUCAAACAUAAUUUAUAUGCGAAAAUAUUUACGCUCAUUUUAUAUUAUGUAAAGAUACAUGUUGGUUUCUACAUGGCUACUAUUUCCAUAUGCUUUAUAAGCAAAUAGUAUACGAAAUAAUUCUAAAGUAAGGAAAAGAGACGUAAUCGAUGAAAAAUUAUAAUCGAUUAAAAAACGAUGCUGUAUUAUUUAGAAUGAGCAAAGUCUGUCUAUGUUUUAGAGUAAAGAUUUUCGAAUUCGCGGUUAGUUUUAUUUUUUUAAGUAUGCAUAUAAAUAAGAUAAUUAUUGUUAUAAGUUUUGAAGACAUGUUUACUGAUCUCGUUAUACCACUGUCACAAAGUAUGAAAUAUAUGAAACUGUUUUGCCCGAAAUUUAAAAACAA